CCGUGUACACGCGUGUGUCGACUGUUCACGGCAGGUCAAAGGCGAUAAUGAGCUCCUCACCUACACACACAAAUGGCACCAGUCUGUUGCAUUUCCGCCUACGUGGAGAUGUGGGAGCGUACCGAUGGCACAGCCGUCACUGAGUGGCAGGGGGGAGUGCGUCUUGACGCUGAAUGUUCCCGGCCAGUACUGGCUGGCUGCACGGGAGCCCCUCAGCACACCCAGCCGCUUCAGACACUUGGCCACCAACUCAGAGCAGAAAUACGUCUGAUGGACACAUGCACAGAUAGACACAUCAAUCACAUCAAGAAACCCAUUCAGGCGCCAGUCAUGUCUUGCUGACCUGUUCGUCGUCUCCCUGCCUCCAUCCGACGGAGAAGUGCUGGUCCCUCCUCUCCCCGCCCCCUGUCUGUGUGCUCGCCUCCUGAUAGCCGUCUCCUGCCGUGGCGAGCCGCGGGCCACUGGAAGCAGCAGCUGCUGCUGCUGUGGGUGCGGGGCUCUUGAUCGUCACUGAGAGGGCAGGGAGAGAGUUAUGACUUGACGGUGCGAUGAUGUUCGUACCUUCUCCCUCCUCAUGGUCGACGUCGAUCUCCUCUGAGCGGUGGCGCCACAGGAGCUUCCGCACGGUGAGGCGGUAGGGUUUGCCCAACACGUCGAAGAUGAAGUCCUGGAAACUCGCCAACAGACGCGGAUGGCGCUUGAAAUACACCUGAUUGAUCGAUUGGCAAAGAUGCAUCCGUGUCACCCCCAGGUGGACAAAGUUAUACGUGCGUGCGUGUCUCCACCUUCCUGUAGACGAGCUUGGUGUAGCACUUGUGCCACCCGAACGCCCUGACGACACAAAUGCCGUGAAUUGAUGCUGCCGAGAAGUGUUUCCAUGUCCAGUAGUACUUGAAGUCGCUCCAGCUGACGGCUGUGACACCGUGAUUGCCCGUGGCCUCGAAGAUCAGCACGCUACCGUUGUCGACGCGCAGCAGCAGCGCCACGUGGUCGUACUCAGAGGCCGUCAAGGUGCGUGUCACCCUGGCACCGCCGUCAGUACCCCUGACACACACACACACGCACAGAAGAAAUCAGAAGACAGCACAUGCACCACAGUGGAGGUCGGAGGCCUCUUCCUUUGCGAUGUGCGUACCUGAAGAGGAGUAUGUCGCCCGUCUGGACGAGUGACAGGUACUUGCUCUCUGAAAUGCGAUUGAACCGCCAGAAGUUCUUCUCCGCCACGAUGCCCCUCUCCGCGUACGGCAGCGGGGCCGCACACCGGAUAUGCAGACCAGUGGCGUGCACCAGGCGCUGCAUCACACGGGCGCUGCCACGGAACUCAAAACACUUCUGCAUCCACGCGGAGAGAGGGAGCCAUGGACACCGGCGAUGUACAGUCCAUCGUCGAUGAAUUGGUUACCUUUGGGAAUGCGGUCGGUUUGAGUCUGAGUACUAUGCGGUCGUCCCUGACCCCGCCCCAUUGAUCGCAGCUGAAGAGCCCCUCGCACAGGCCAAAUAUGGCCAGGGGGUCGGCCGACGACGUGUCGCCGAUCUCGGCACUCUCGUACAAACAAUGCAGCUCGUACCGCACCUGACACAGGCACAAGCACAACAACAUGCGAGGGACGUGUGUGUGCGAGCAUCCGUCGAGAGGUCUCCGGUUUUAGCACUGUGUCGAAGUCCAGAACGCCCAGGGGAGCUGUAAGGCCCAGGUCGUCGGGCUGCAGACGAACAGAAAGAACAGUGUGUGCUGAGAACAAUCAGCAUCUUUGUACUCCAUUGCAGGCCUUUACCUUGAAGUAGAGCAAUUUGCGAUCCUGCACCACACAGCAACAGAACACACACAUGGUCCAAACACCUGUUGGUCGGUCCUCGCGUUGUCUGACGGACCUUGAGUAUGUAUGUGCGCCGCCGCCAUCCCUCGUACCACCAGGGCGAGCGCUUCUCGAAAUCGCCCUCCAUCGCAGGCAAACACGAACCUACCUGCACCCACGCAACACGCGCAGACACUGCAGACACGUACUGCAGGUCUUUCCCUCUCUGCAUCUUUCGCUCACCGGAAGAAUCCAUUGAGGCGCUGGCAUCCCUUGUCCGCCCUCCUCCCCCUCCUGGACCAAACGCUCACCAUCAGCCUGCAGAGCCUCCACUUGGCCUUUGCGGAAGGACAGCUCAUCUCGUCUAUGGUCAAUCAAGGCGGGCGGGGCUUCCUCUACGGGCCUGAAGCUCUCCAGCACCCGCUGUGCCACUGUGCGUUCUGUGGCGGUGCUGCACUCAUCGAUGGGGGCCUCACACUCUUCAAAGAGGAGGUGGUCAUCGGGAAACUCGGUUUCAUAAUAUUUGACCUCUAGUGCCGGCAUACUGCGCGCGAACGUCUGCCAGUCCACCGAAUUCGAAACCCUAACCCCAAACCCCAU